GCCCUUAUGUAGUGUGGACUCGGCAUUCGGGUGACGCGCACGAAGUUAGUCCGAGCCUCUCGAUCUGCGAUGUUUUGUUCCUCCACAGAUAAAAAAUCUAACUCAAACGGAUGUCGGUGUAAAAAGUUACUGUGAACACGGACGAGUAAUGUAGGUUACUUAAUUUGAAGUUAUAACGAGUUUUUAAUUGUGUUUUUAAACUAAUCGAGUUAUAUAAAAUUAUCGGGAUUUAAGAGUUGUGUCAUAUGAAGUGUUCGUGUGUUGUGCCGGAUGAUGGACGAGAAAAGUUUAUCUCAGUUUACGAUCUGGACGAUACAAAAAUCUGGUCGGAUCAGAUGCCCAGGGAGUUCAUUAUUCAGAGUGUGAAGUUAGAAUCAAUGCUGGCAAGAGAUUAAACGCAAUGUACCCUGUGUGCUCAGCGCAACGGACUUUGUUAGCGUUUGUCCUCAUCGCUGUGUCCACAUCCCCGACUGCAACGCAAAAUACCAUCAUUACAGGUAGUUCGUUGUCAUCAUCAUCAGUCACCGGGACAGUUACACGCGUAUCAUCCGUCGUUGGCGGCGAAGCGAACUUGCCUUGUGACUCGCGUCCCCCUCAACGCAAUGACAGUCUACUACUCGUCGUGUGGUAUAGAGACGACAACCCAGUAUACAGUUACGACACGCGCGUCCCGGGACCAACGGGUCACUGGUCCGACGACACAUUCGGCGAGCGCGCCAGAUGGGUCGGCCAGCCGACCUCAGCCCUACAUGUCCAAGACGUACAAUCCCGUGACAGAGCUAUAUACAGAUGUCGCGUCGACUUUCAAGUGUCACCGACGAGGAAUUACAGGAUCGCGCUCGACGUUAUCGAGCUGCCGUCUAAGCCGGUGAUCUUUGACGAGUUUGGCAAAGAAAUAACGGGCAUCGCCGGCCCUUACAACGAAGGGGGAGACUUCAAACUUAUUUGCUCUGUGAAUGGGGGUAAUCCGACACCAAGAGUGCAAUGGUUGCAAGGGGAAACGGUGCUUACAACGUUAGCUGCGGGUGAAUUACAUCCGCCAGGAAGCAGCAGGUCAUUGACCCUGGUCGUAACUAACGCUACGAGGGCACACUUAUCUUCAGUGUACAUGUGUACCGCGGAUAACACCCUACUAUCUCCACCUCAAAGAGCCUCAGUCAAGAUCGACUUGUAUUUGAGGCCGCUGUCAGUGGAGAUUUUAUCAAGGGAACAACCGUUAUCAGUAGGAAGAAAAGCAGAACUCUCUUGUAGAUCAACGGGAGCGAGACCUCCAGCAACCAUUACGUGGUGGUUGGGUGGUAAACAGCUGAAUUCUAUAACGAAAGAACAGGAGCUGGACGACAGAAACGAGACUCAAUCGCUAUUGCAGUGGACGCCUCAGAAGGAACACAAUGGAAAAAUGCUCACUUGCAGGGCAGAGCACUCCAAGUUCAAUAAAUCGACGAUAGAAAGCAAACUACCUCUUAACGUAUAUUACGUGCCCGUUGCCUCAAUGCACCUCGGUGCCAAGAUGAACCCGAACGAUAUCGAAGAGGGCGACGAUGUAUACUUCGGAUGCGAAGUCGAUGCCAACCCACCCGCUUAUAAAGUAGUAUGGGAGCAUAAUGGUGUUCUGCUUCAAAACAAUCCAUCAAACGGCGUAAUCCUGACUGCUAACACCAAUCUUGCACUCCGUAACGUGUCACGCCACCAAGCCGGUCUAUACACCUGUACCGCAUCCAAUGUUGAAGGUGAUGGAAAAUCUCCGCCUUUACGGAUGCAGAUUGUUUAUAGACCUUUAUGUCGAAAGAGAGAGGUGAAAUUGAUCGGUGCAGCUCUACAAGAACCGUCGAAGGUGGAAUGCGAAGUAGACGCUUUCCCCCCACCAGACACUUUCGAGUGGACACUUAAUAAUUCAGCGGGCUCUAUUAAAGUUGACCCUGAACGUUUCACCGUAAACGCAAAAGAAGGAAAGUCAGUUCUUACAUAUGUCCCUGUCUCCGACAUCGACUACGGUACAUUGGCAUGCAGAGCAACUAACUUGGCAGGACAGCAAAUGUCACCAUGUGUUUACACAUUACUGCCAGCGACGAGGCCUGACCCACCUUCCAACUGUUCAGUCUACAACCUCACUGAUGACUCAUUGGACCUAACUUGUCUUGCAGGUUACGAAGGCGGUCUCCAAUGUACAUACAUCGCAGAAGUAUGGGCAAAUGAGGGUUUAGUAACAAAUUCCACGAACGGAGCAGCAUUAUGGAAUCUCAGAAGAUUAGGAGCUAAGAGACACUUGAAGAUAGUAGUGUAUGCUGCUAACAGUAGAGGAAGAUCGGAACAUAUCUCUUUCACCGUAGAAACUGCACCAAGAUUAUCGCCACGGACAGAAGCACAAGAAGCGUGGGAAGUUAACUGGGCGGUUGGCGGGGUGCUUGGUGCCGCUCUAACUGUGGCUAUCAUCUUAUGCCUCGCACUCAUUGCGACCAGACUGAGACACAGGGCUCGGGACUACGAAGUGACAAUGCAAUCAACCAAGAACCAAAAGGCCUCACUUCAGAAGCGUUCGUCCCCAGACGAUAGAAACCCUGAUCUUAUUCCGCUCAGCAAAGGUAUAGAUUGUCCGCCCGAGCCACCACAGUAUUCAGCAGUAGUAGCUAAGUCUGAAGCAAAGAAUUCUUCGAGUUGCCAUAGCUUGGCCCGCACCCAAUCCCCGACAUCGCCUGUAUCCAACGUGACACACGACUUACCAAACGAGCGCUUGAAUGGCACGUUGAGGUCGCAUCGGGAGGUGGUGACAACACGCACGCCAUUGUUAGCGGCGCACCAAGAGAGCUGCGUCUAACGGCAUGAUGUAAAACAUUGCUGUACCACCCCUUGUAAAGUUAUAAAAUGUUCACCAUUUAAAUAACUCAUUUCAUAUGUAAAGUAUAUUAUAUAUUGCCAUUAACUUACAUUUGAG